GAAAAGUAAAAUCUGACGUUUAUUUGACAAAAGGUGGAUCCCUUCUAGCCGUAACCCACGGUACCGCCCCUACUACUAUCCCAGGUGUUCUGAACUUCCGUACUGCUUCCUUGGUCGGUUUGCCACCGCAGUUGAAGCUAUGUUAUCGCAUUCCCGAUGUCUUUGCAGGAUACUUGGGCGCUCUCUGUCUGCGCUAAGUCAGGGUAAUAAUGUGCUGGCUGGAAGUACUGCUUCAGGCCUCUCCACUAGCAACAGGGUUGUCUACGGGAACACUCAGUUAUGUGAGUCUCCGUCAUCAAUUGUUGUCUUCCACAUUAGAUCCUUCAAGACGUCUGCAGCACGUAGGGAGGAAGUUGUCACCGUCAACACCCCUCCGUUCUCUGAGUCGAUCACAGAAGGGGACGUCAGGUGGGAGAAAGCUGUUGGAGAUUCAGUGAAAGAGGAUGAGGUGGUGUGUGAGAUCGAGACUGACAAGACCUCGUUGCAGGUGCCGUCUCCGGCGGCCGGUGUGGUCACGGAGCUCCUGGUGCCAGAUGGAGGGAGGGUAGAGGCCGGGAAUCCCCUCUUCAAACUCAAAAAAGGAGCAGCAGCAUCCAAAGCCGCCCCAGCAGCAGAGGUCCCUGCAGCAGCCAAAGCCGCCCCAGCAGCAGAGGUCCCUGCAGCAGCCAAAGCCGCCCCAGCAGCAGAGGUCCCUGCAGCAGCCGCUGCCCCUCCCCCAACGCUGUCCGCCGUCCCUGUUGCCGUACCCUCCUUGGCAGCACAAGCCAAACCUUUUUCUGCGGUCAAGCCCACUGCAACACCACCAGCAGCAGCAGCCCAUGGGGCCAGGACAGAGAGCAGGGUAAAGAUGAAUCGUAUGAGGCUGAGGAUCGCCCAGCGACUGAAGGAGGCUCAGCAGACCUGUGCCAUGCUCACCACCUUCAACGAGAUAGACAUGAGCAACAUCCAGGAGAUGAGGAAGCUCCAUAAAGAUGCUUUCUUGAAGAAACAUAACAUCAAGCUUGGCUUCAUGUCGGCCUUCGUUAAGGCUUCAGCCCACGCUCUCAUGGACCAGCCUUCUGUCAACGGAGUGAUUGAUGAUACAACCAAAGAGAUAGUUUACAGGGAUUAUGUCGAUAUCAGUGUGGCUGUGGCCACUCCGAAGGGACUGGUUGUACCGGUUAUUCGCAACGUAGAGACCAUGAACUUUGCUGACAUUGAGAAAACCAUCAACGGUCUGGGAGAGAAGGCUCGUAAUAAUUUGCUGGCUGUGGAGGACAUGGACGGAGGUACCUUCACCAUCAGUAACGGGGGAGUGUUCGGUUCCAUGUUCGGCACGCCCAUCAUCAACCCACCCCAGUCUGCCAUCCUGGGCAUGCACGGUAUCUUCGACAGGCCUGUGGCCAUCGGCGGCAAGGUGGAGAUCCGGCCCAUGAUGUACGUGGCUCUGACCUACGACCAUCGGCUGGUCGACGGCAGAGAGGCAGUCACCUUCCUGCGUAAAAUCAAGUCUGUGGUGGAGGAUCCCCGCGUUCUUCUGCUCGACAUGUGAUUCCAACCUUCCAUCACUGCAGCGGGGCCACGUUCAGUAGGCACUAACGUUGUUGAGCAUUUACAAAUAGCAGUGUUGUUGACUUUCUUUUCUACCUCAGAGAGGUAUGUGGUUGUACAUAAUGCUCCACAACGUUGUGUCCUACUGAACACACCCCCAGCGAUUUUUAAACAUCGCUCGGCAUCUGUAUAAAACCAACCCAUCCCAAAAACAAGCGACAGCCAAAUCCAUUGUUAUUUACUUUAGGUUGAAGAGAGAGUCCUCGAUCUGUUUAAGUGACAAAGACAUUAUAGUUGGCUGAAAGGCACAGACAGAUAUGGGACUGGGGCUAAGACAGAAUUAAUGUUGAGAUUAUUCACUUAUUAUUAGUUGGUUUCAUUCAGCAGUUUUUGCUCAGAUUGAAAUGUCAGAUUGAUUUAACAUCAUACAGUGUAUCACUGACUGAUGAACCGACCAGGUCUGUUCUGUCUCAAUAUUAGACUGACUCUCUGAUGAACCGACCAGGUCUCUUCUGUCUCAAUAUUAGACUGACUCUCUGAUGAACCGACCAGGUCUCUUCUGUCUCAAUAUUAGACUGACUCUCUGAUGAACCGACCAGGUCUCUUCUGUCUCAAUAUUAGACUGACUCUCUGAUGAACCGACCAGGUCUGUUCUGUCUCAAUAUUAGACUGACUCUCUGAUGAACCGACCAGGUCUCUUCUGUCUCAAUAUUAGACUGACUCUCUGAUGAACCGACCAGGUCUGUUCUGUCUCAAUAUUAGACUGACUCUCUGAUGAACCGACCAGGUCUCUUCUGUCUCAAUAUUAGACUGACUCUCUGAUGAACCGACCAGGUCUCUUCUGUCUCAAUAUUAGACUGACUCUCUGAUGAACCGACCAGGUCUCUUCUGUCUCAAUAUUAGACUGACUCUCUGAUGAACCGACCAGGUCUGUUCUGUCUCAAUAUUAGACUGACUCUCUGAUGAACCGACCAGGUCUGUUCUGUCUCAAUAUUAGACUGACUCUCUGAUGAACCGACCAGGUCUCUUCUGUCUCAAUAUUAGACUGACUCUCUGAUGAACCGACCAGGUCUCUUCUGUGUCAAUAUUAGACUGACUCUCUGAUGAACCGACCAGGUCUGUUCUGUCUCAAUAUUAGACUGACUCUCUGAUGAACCGACCAGGUCUCUUCUGUCUCAAUAUUAGACUGACUCUCUGAUGAACCGACCAGGUCUCUUCUGUGUCAAUAUUAGACUGACUCUCUGAUGAACCGACCAGGUCUGUUCUGUCUCAAUAUUAGACUGACUCUCUGAUGAACCGACCAGGUCUGUUCUGUCUCGAUAUUAGACUGACUCUCUGAUGAACCGACCAGGUCUGUUCUGUCUCGAUAUUAGACUGACUCUCUGAUGAACCGACCAGGUCUGUUCUGUCUCAAUAUUAGACUGACUCUCUGAUGAACCGACCAGGUCUGUUCUGUCUCAAUAUUAGACUGACUCUCUGAUGAACCGACCAGGUCUCUUCUGUCUCAAUAUUAGACUGACUCUCUGAUGAACCGACCAGGUCUGUUCUGUCUCAAUAUUAGACUGACUCUCUGAUGAACCGACCAGGUCUGUUCUGUCUCAAUAUUAGACUGACUCUCUGAUGAACCGACCAGGUCUCUUCUGUCUCAAUAUUAGACUGACUCUCUGAUGAACCGACCAGGUCUGUUCUGUCUCAAUAUUAGACUGACUCUCUGAUGAACCGACCAGGUCUCUUCUGUCUCAAUAUUAGACUGACUCUCUGAUGAACCGACCAGGUCUGUUCUGUCUCAAUAUUAGACUGACUCUCUGAUGAACCGACCAGGUCUCUUCUGUCUCAAUAUUAGACUGACUCUCUGAUGAACCGACCAGGUCUCUUCUGUCUCAAUAUUAGACUGACUCUGAUGAACCGACCAGGUCUCUUCUGUAUGACUGUCCCAUGUCAUGACUGUUCUGUAUGGCUGUCCCAUGUCAUGACUCUGUACUGUAUGUCUGUCCCAUGUCAUGACUCUGUUCUGUAUGGCUGUCCCAUGUCAUGACUCUGUUCUGUAUGGCUGUCCCAUGUCAUGACUCUGUUCUGUAUGGCUGUCCCAUGUCAUGACUCUGUUCUGUAUGGCUGUCCCAUGUCAUGACUCUGUUCUGUAUGGCUGUCCCAUGUCAUGACUCUGUUCUGUAUGGCUGUCCCAUGUCAUGACUCUGUUCUGUAUGGCUGUCCCAUGUCAUGACUCUGUUCUGUAUGGCUGUCCCAUGUCAUGGCUCUGUAUUUUGACAGUGCUAUUCCUGGGGUUUGGUUAAAGGGUCACCUCUUCAUGUCUAGUCUCAUGGCUUCCCCCGUUGCAGGAACUUCUGCUGCUUCUUUGGGAUGACUGUCCACUGAGUGGCAUUGCUCCUCUCAUCGAAACCACCGCAAACUUUGUUUGCAAACUAAAUGGCAUCCGAUUCACUAUAUUAAGCACGACAAGGUUAGGGCUCCUUUACAGGGAGUAGGCUGCCAUUUCAUACUCAGGCAUUUCCACAUUGUAUUGAAGCUUUUUAGGUAGAGAAGAGAAACCACCUCAUUCUGGAGAGAGUUCUGUCAGUCCAUGACAAGGCAACAUGCAGUGUAACACCCGGACCAGUGUUCAAGUCGCACAAUUGUAUUUAAUGAUGAACUCUUCUUCGCUGAACCCAGGAAGCAGAUUCUCUAUGUGCUGUAUACAAUACUUGUAACUUAAUUUAAAGGAAACCAUUUUAAACAUCC